ACGAACUAUAGAAUGAACAGAAAAAAGAAAAAGAAAACAUCUAUACGCAAGUCACGUUUCAGGAUUUAACUUAUUUUUUCUACCUUUUGGUGUAAUAUCAGGCCUUAAAAGAAUUUGCUUGCGUUUGGUGUCCAAGUAGAAACAAUAUGCGCAAUCAUACGAAAUAAAACUAUCAAAUUUUUAAAUAUAAUGAAUUUGACCAAAACUUUUUCUCAAUGUUUACGUUUGGCAGUUAGACCCUCUUCAAAUUUUUGGGUAGAAUUUAGUUUAAUUGUUGCAAUCAAUUUCAUUUGGUUUGCUUUUUUGCUAAAUCACAACGUCCGCUCCAGUUGCAGCUGUUUCAUCCCGUCCGGAACCGAGUCAACCGAUGGUCUAGCCUGCGACGCGCUCGGCUGUUGCUACGUCAAUGGCGCAGCCACCAGCCAGGGACUUGGAUUAAAGUCAAAAAUAUCAGGUACGCCAGGUGGUGUUGCUGCAAUCGGUUUGCCGUCGGACAUUCCCCUAACCAGAAUAUUCAGCGGUUCCGAUUCGAAGGAGGCAGCCACAGAAGCACAGACUCCUUUGGUUCAGCAAUACGCUCCGGCAGGACGAUGCUCGUGGAAGAUCACGCAGUUCCGGUCCUGUGCACAAGAACAGGCCGAUUUGACCCUGUGCGAAGGUUUCAACGAGUCGCUCAGGCAUUAGUAGCAGAGUCCUUGCACCUACAGCUUGUUGAGUGAGCAAUUCCGACGAAACCACACCGUUCGCACCAAGUUGGAUCACAAUAAUAAGUGCGACGUCGAGAAGAAGACUUCCCGAGAGCUACAAGCAAUGCUACAAGAUUAAAUAGCAGGGUAUUUUUAACGUGACCAUGGUAUAACGUAGCGGAUCUAGACAGAUUUAUCCCGCAGAAUAAGAUAGCAAAAUUACCCAAAAACUAACAGCUGCUCUCGUUAGAUUAAAUCCCAGGAAGUAUAAUUUUCAUUGCAUUAUUUAGUCAACCGAAAUUGAAGCUAGGAAUUAACUUUCGAAAGCUAGCCGCGGUUUCACGUAUCCUGGCACUAAGUAGAGUGUGCUAAGUUAUUACAAAUAUCAGUUCUCAAUGGUAGAUUAUUACAAAGUUCUGGUCGUGACCAGAACCACCACCGAUGCGGAAAUCAUCGCAUCUAUGACCAGUACGACAAGGAGGGUCUGAUGACUAACAGUUUCCGAGCGGCACCACCAUAACACACGGCACCGGCGACAUGUAUAUCCACAACAUACUAAUGACUUAUCCUUCCGAAAAAGUGAAUAAAAAUCUACUCUAGCUAAGCAACAAA